AGUCAUUCCCGCGCCGACCGCCACGAGGAGCGCGCGUCGUUCAAUUACGUUUAUUCCAAUACCACGAGCUCGUGUUGUAACAUAACCACGUUUUACUCUCGCUUAAAUAAUUUUAUCUUCAUUCUUCAUUACUCAAUUUAAAUAAACAUUAAGUAACCGUACUACCAUUAUUUAUUAUUUUUAUAAUUUAAUAAUUAUUAUAAGUCAAGUAUACUAAAUUUAAUAAUUUUUAAUAUAUUUACGUGUAUCAAUAUAUGCAUAUAUAUUUAUUUAAAAAAAAAAAUUAAAGUGAAUUCAACAUAAAUUUUUAUCAAAUACACUAUUGAGGAUAUUGAGGAAAUAAUAAUUUAUUUAAAAACAAGUGACUGUUGUGCAGUGCCACGCACGGAUUAGCGUUAUUUGAACGCACAAGUGAUUAAUAUACUAAAUACAAAAAAAUUAAUAUAAUAACUAUUGGUUAUUGGUUUUAAUAAUUAAAUAUUUAAUUACUUUAUGGUGACAGUGUAACGGUGCUAAACUGGAUUCCAUCUUAUCAACGUACCCGGGUGAGCCGAGAAGCGACAAUCUCGAUUUGUCACUGAACGUGCCACAGCAUCAUCAGACAUCGUAUCACCACGACAGCGGUUACAACAUGGCCGACCAGACAUUUCACACUCCUAGUUUUGGAGAUGAAGAUUUCGAUAUUCCCGCAAUUCAUCCACAUCAACAUCCGCAGCAACAACAUCACCAGCAACAACACGAUCCCAUGCAUGGAUACCAGUCUCAGAUGAUGCAAGGUGGUGGAAUGCAACAAUCGCCAGAUGGUUUAAGUCUAGACUCUGGUGGAUAUCAACAGCCCUUAUACCUUCAACAAGAACACUCAAUGCAGCCAAUCAAUGUCAGCUCGGCUUACACAAGUCCCCAAGGUUCAUAUACAUCAAUGAGUUCACCUAAUCAACAACACGGUAAUCAGCAGCUGUUGUUACUUCAACAACAACAUAAUCAACAUCAGCAACAACAACAACAACAGCAUCAACAACAAGUACAGAUGCAACAGCACAUGCAGUACAUGCACUCACAGCAACAAAUGCAGCAGCAGCAACAACAACAGCAGCAGCAACAACAACAACAGCAACAACAACAACAACAGCAAAUUCAAUAUCGAAGUCCAACGGGUGGUAGUCCACCAGCCAUUCAACCUAAUGCCAUUCCUGAAAAUAAUAAUACUACUACCAGUGAAGAUAGUGAUGACAGUGCUCCUACUGCUGUUGUAGCUGGUAUUAAACGACCAUCACCAGAACCCGCAGAUGUGGUCAAAGUACAGAAAAAACCAAAAGUACAGAAGAAGAAGAAGAAAAGAGAUCCCAAUGAACCACAAAAACCCGUUUCCGCGUAUGCACUUUUCUUCCGUGAUACGCAAGCUGCUAUAAAAGGACAGAAUCCAAAUGCAAGCUUUGGAGAAGUAUCUAAAAUUGUAGCCUCUAUGUGGGAUGCUCUUGAUAGUGAUCACAAAAGUGUUUACAAGAAGAAGACUGAAGCUGCUAAAAAAGAGUACUUGAAAGCAUUAGCAGCCUACAGAGCAUCGGUAGUAAGUAAGAGUGCCAAUGAAAAUGAACCUCAGCCUCCUCAACAGCAGCCGCAACAACAGCAGCAACAGACUCAGCAACAACAACAACAACAGCAGCCACAACAACAAGCUGUUCAAUAUGGAGCAUACACUGGUUACGGUGGUAAUACAGGACCAGGAAAUGUAGCUUAUCAAGUUUAUAGUCCGCAAUCUCACCAGCCACCCUCGCCGCAACAGCAACAGCAUCAGCAGCAUCAGCAGCAACAGCAAAUGGCCAUUAAAAAAUCACCCCAUCAUCUUACUGGUAUGCAGCCUACUCAUCAGCAGCAACAACAGCCACAGCAGCAGGGUUUAAUGGGUAAUCCAAUGGCGUCGCACAUGACGCAGCAACAACAUAUGCAACAGCAAGUCUCUCAGCAGCAAUAUAUGCAGCAGAUACCUCAACAACAAGUUCAAGUUCAACAGCAACAAAUAAUGCAUAUGAGUCCACCACGUGCUGAUUCUUUAUCGAGUCCACCACCAGUAUCCGGACCUCAAUCAAAUCACGGGCAAAGGCAACCCUCAAACGUAUGCAUGCGUCAUGGAUGUCCAAAUCCGCCGAUCGUUAAUAGCGAGUGGGAAGAUGAGUAUUGCAGUAAUGAGUGCGUGGCUAGCCACUGCAGGUUUGUAGACGUUUUCACCGGAUGGGUCGCAUCGAACCAAAAUUCUCAACCGAAUUAUUCAACGGUUAAAUAAAUAAUUAAUUUAAAAGAAGAAAUAAUAAUUAUAAUAAUAAAUUAUUAAUAUAAUAAGGAUGAAGAUGGGAAAUUUUUGAUUAUACUAGGAACCACUAGUUACAAGUUUAUAAUUUACACGUAUCGUAUAAAAAAUAAUAAAACCCGCAAGUUAUUCGUGGAAUCUGUUGACCCGCUAAACUAAAAAUAAGUUUACACAAUAUAUGUACAUAAGUUAGUGAUGAAAGAAAAAAAUGAAGAAAAAAGAAAAAAAAAAAAUUGAAAUAGAAUAACAAAAGAAUUCUGAUUUGCUGGAGACAAAUCAUGCAUUUAAAUGAUCUGACAACGACUCUGAUAAAUGCGGUUUCAAUUUUAUUAUAAGCCAAUCAAGAAGGCUAAUAAGCAAUUUGACUGUGAAUUAUUAACAAAAAAAAAAUUGUUAUUUAUCGAUUAACAAAAGUUAAAUAAUUAAUAACAAACAAUUUUUUUUUUCAGUACGUUUUGUAAAAUUUUAUCUGAUUAAAUAUUGAGAUUGUUGCACGUAAAGAUUUUUUUUAUUUAGUAUGAAAUUUAAAAUAUAUUUAUAAUUUUGAAUGUUCAUGAAUUCAAAGUAUAAUGAUUAAUGUAAUUGAAAUAUUUGAUCGAUCUUAAAAAUAUUGAUUUAUUUUAUUAUUUGAAUUAAAAAACAGAAAUUAUAAUAAAUAUAAAAUGUAUUUUUCAUGUAUCUUUCAAUGAUUAAAAUAAAUAAAUUUCAUCUUAAAUAAUAACAUAUUUAUAUACAUAUGAACUGAAUGUUGUACUAAGACAGCAAUUUUAAUGACUUGGAACAAAAGUCACAUUCCCGAUUUAUUUAUUUCACUAUAUUUAUAUCAAUGUGUACACAAAAAUAUCUAAAAAAAAAAAUAUAGUAAUAAUUAAAUGUAUUAACAAUAACGUUUACCUGCAUAUUUGACAGUUGAAUAGUAAUUAAAAGUACAAGAUUUAAAAAAUUAAUGACAGGAAAUAAAAUUUGAAAAAAAAAGAAGUAAGAAAGAAAGAUAAAGCAUAGACAGAAAUUACUGGAUAUAAUUUACAUCCUGUUGAAUAAAUUUUAUUUUUAACAUUAUUAUAUUUAUAGUAAUCGAGUAAACUUUGGAAACGUAUACGUAUAUAUACUUAAUGUCUGUAAUAAAAUUAUUAAAAAAAAUAUGAUUGCAUUGUCUACUAACAUCUUUAAGAACUUUAUUUAUUCAAACAAAAUUAUAUUUAUAAAAAAAACUUUAACAGUCACGUUGCUUGCAGGAUUUUUGAUUAAAAUGAUUUAGAAAUUUAUUAUUUUGUGCCAGCAUCAGGAAUUUUUAUAUUAUUUUUAUUAUUAUUAGUUAAUAUUAUUCUGUAUUAGUAUUAAUUUGGUAUUAUUUAAAUAAGCCAGCGGUUAAUGCGCGAUGUACCUACAGUACACAUGUAUUAUUAUUUGUUGAUUUUAAUUUUUAAUUUAUGCGUAAUGUAAAAUGACUGCAGGAUUGUUUUUUAAUUUUUUAUAAUCAAAAUUUAAGACAAAUAAUUGUUUUAAAUUAUAUUAAUAAAAAAUUUUUUACAGAAUUAUAAAUUAAUAAACGCACAUUGUGUAAGAAAAUUAUUUAACGAUGGAGACUGCAGUGCAGAAUAUUUAUUACUAUAGUUAAAUAAUAAAAUCCUGUUUUGUUAUUAAUGUUAAUUUUUUUAUUUUUUAAAUAAAUAUAACCAAUGAAAAUAAAAAAAAAAAAAAAAAAAUGUGAGGAGUUUAAAUGAUUAAGCAAUUUAAAAAAAAAAAAGUUUUUUUUUAAAUCGCGCUUGUAUGGAUAAAAUUUUUUAUUUUUUAAUCAAUAUCGUUUUAUAAUUUUGAUUAAUUAUUAAUAUUAUUAUUAAAUGUAAAUACAUAAAUAUAAUCGAUAGAUUUAUAGAUCAUACUGUAUACAUAAUCAGCUCUGUAUUAUAUUAAUAAUGAUUUAUGAUAAAUUACAAGAAAAAUGAUGAAUAUAUAUUAUAAAUAUAAUAGGAUAUGAAUUUAAAAUAUAACUAUUAAUUAUUAAUUAUUAUCAUUAUUAUUAUUGAUUAAUUGAUUUAUUUAAAUAAAUAUAUUAGUUAUGAUUAUCAGUAAUUGCCAGAAUUAAUUGUCAUUUAUGUGUAAUGAGGCAUAUUAAUUAUUUUAAAUAAAUAAUACUAAUUAUUUAAUAAAUAAAUAAAUAAUAUCGUACAUAUAAUACAGAAUAGACUAAAUAAAAUCCCUUCCUCGUUCAUGUACAAUACCCGACAAAAUAAAUACAAUUUUACAAUACUAAGUAAUAAUAAUAAAUAAAUAAACUAUGAUGAUAAUAAUAAUAAUAAUAAUAAUAAUAAUAAUAAUAAUAAUAAUAAUAAUAAUAAUAAUAAUAAUAAUAGUAAUAACAUAAAUAAUAAACAUAGUAAAAAAAAAAUCUUGAAGUUAUUAAAAACAUAUUAUU